GGUUCCUUGUCAUCCCUAUUGUAGGGAUGGGAGGGAUGGGGAAAACAACUCUUGCCCAAUUAGCCUAUAACGAUAAAAAGGUUACAAGCCAAUUUGAUAAGAAAGUCUGGGUUUGUGUCUCAGAUCCUUUUGAUGAGAUUAAGAUUUCUAAAGCGAUCAUUGAAAAUCUGGGUGGGGCCUAUAGCAGUUCAAAUGAGUUGGAAACUCUACUUCUAUGUAUAAGGUCACACGUUGAGAAUAAGAAGUUUCUCCUCGUCCUAGAUGAUGUGUGGACAGAGGACAAAACCAAGUGGGAAAAUUUGAAACUACCAGUAAUAAUGCAAAGUUGUGCUGAAGGCAGUACAAUACUGGUAACCACGCGAAAACAAGGGGUUGCUAAAAUGAUGAGGGCAACUAGUAGCAUGAUCCUUUUAGACAAGUUGAGGGAUAGGGAUUGUCUAGCAUUGUUCAAUAGCAUCGCAUUUUGGGAUAGGGAAGAAGAUGAGGCUAAUGGGUUUGGAGCUAUUGGUGAGGAAAUUGUGAAAAAGUGUAAAGGUUUGCCUCUUACGGUAAAGACUUUAGGCAGUCUAGUGUGGCAUAAGAAAACAAGAGAGGAAUGGCGGGAGGUUCUGAAUAGUAAGAUAUGGGAAUUAGAAGAAGUUGAGGAACAAGUUUUCAGACCACUAUUACUAAGUUAUUCUGAUUUGACCCCAGCAGUUAAGAGGUGUCUUUUGUAUUGUGCUAUAUUUCCUAAAGAUUAUGAGUUAGGAAAAAAUAAUUUGAUUGAGCUUUGGAUGUCACAAGAUUAUCUUAAUUCAAAGAAAAACAAACAAAAAAGAAGAAUAGGUCAAAAUUAUUUUGAAAGUCUAGCAAUGCGGUCUUUCUUUCAAGAUUUUAGAAAAGAUGAUAUGGGAAAUAUUAUAGGGUGUAAGAUGCAUGAUAUUGUGCAUGACUUUGUGCACUCUCUAGCUGAACAAGAAAUCAUUAUUAUAGAAGCAGUUGAGGGUGCUAAUCAAAGAAUGGAGCUAUCGGGUGAUAAAGUUCGUCAUUUGACCUUAACAACUUUACCCGAAGGUCCACUUUCAUUUCCUACUUCAUUUUACAAUUGCAAAAAUAUGCGUACCCUCACACUCCCUGAUUCAAGCAUUACAACCGUAAGCCUUGGUUCAAUUAUGCAAAUGAAAUGUCUUAGGACAUUGAAUUUGAGUCAUAAAAUCCUCAAUGAAGUUCCAAAAGAGAUCGGGGAAUUGAUUCAUUUGAGACACAUGGAUUUGUCUCACAGUGGCAAUUUGAAAGAAUUACCGGAUGCUGUGUGUGAUUUAUACAAUCUACAAACUCUGGUCCUUGGGGGGUGCUCAGAACUUGAGAAACUACCCAAAGCAAUGGGAAAGUUGAUUAACUUGAAGCAUCUAUAUGUUCGGAAUUGUUAUAAGCUGAGGUACUUACCAAAAGGGAUUGGGAGUUUGAAAAUUCUGGAAGCACUAGAUUGCUUUUAUGUGUGUGAGGGUAAUGACGAAGCAUUGAAAUUAGGAGAUCUCGGAACCAUGGACCAGCUUCAGGGGAGCCUUUGGAUAGAAAGAUUGGGGAAAGAUGAUGCGAGUGAGAUUGAGAAAGCUCAGUUCAGGAAUAAGGAGCACCUCUCUCAUUUGGGAGUAGGUUUCCAGGUCGGAGAUGGAGAUGGAGAUGGAGAUGGAGAUGCAGCAGCAGUGCAGAGAAAAGGUCAUGAAGAAAUACUGAAUGCAUUGCAACCACCUCAAAAUUUGGAAUUUUUAUCCAUUUGGAAUUGCCAUGGCACCACCGAGCCUCUCUAUUGGAUCAAGUCUUUGCACAACUUGAGAAAAGUUGAUCUCUUAAAUUGGGAGUUUUGUGAACUUUUGCCUCCUCUUGGAAAAUUGCCAUCGCUUGAAAUUUUGCGCAUAUGGGCGAUGGAGAAAGUGAAAAAGGUGGGAGUUGAAUUUCUGGGAAUAGAAAAAGAAGAAGAAGUCUCAGGAAUUCUAUUCCCCAAAUUGAAAGAGCUCUCUUUUAUUGGCAUGCCCAACUGGGAAGAAUGGGAAGGAAUAAUAAAGGAUUCUUCUGAAAUUACAAUAAUGCCAUGGCUUUCUAACUUGGAAAUUGUUCGGUGUCCAAAGCUAAAAGCACUGCCAAACUUCCUCUACAAGAUAACAACACUGCGGACUUUGAAGAUCACGUCUUGUGAAAUUCUGGAACGAGAUUACCAAAAAGGCGUGGGGAAGGAGUGGCACAACUUUUCUCACAUCCCAAACCUCACAAUUGAAUCUCCAUGAAGCUGAACAG